GUUCCUGAAAACAAAGCCAUGUGGUGUCCAAAGGGUGAGUUUAUCUUGUCAUAUAAAGUACAGGAGGAUAUGGAAAUAUUUACUGAUUGGAUCUUGGGAGUUUGAGGGAUAGGUGCUUGUUUUAUUGUUGUUUGUCUGUUUAACCCAUUAACUCCCAAGAUCUCCUCAGUAAUUCUUCUAACUGUCUGCCAUUCAGUUCUUGUGAGGUUAGUUUGGAGAAUUUGGUAUUGGAUCAACUUAUAAUCCCUAAUUGAUAUUUUUCUUUAUUCUCAUCACUUGUCUGCUUGAUAUUGUACUGAUACUGUAAGGAGAAAUUCUGUCUUGGUCACUUAUGGGAGUAAAAGGGUUAAGGGAAAAGGAAAUAAAAGUUAAAAAUAGUAACUUUGUUUAUGACUUGAUUUUGAUAAAGAAAUUUAUGCAAAUCAACACGUACAUUUUGUUGGCAUUAUAUUUGCAUUGGGUUAACCAAGGCAAACAACAAAAUUUUAUAAGAGGACUUUUCAUAUGUUUAUCCGAGGAUAAGAGCAAAAAGUUUACUUAAUUCUGCCUUUGAAAUCAUUUAAUCUCUUUUUACUCUCCCUAACUAGGUGUUGAAAUAACUGGUGAAAUCAAGCCAGAAUACAGUGAAAUUCUAUCACAUGAAGCCCUGGAGUUUCUUGCUGAUUUGCAUCGCAGUUUUAACUACCAGAGGAAAAAGCUGCUUAGAAAACGACAGGAAAUCCAAGCAGAAAUAAACAGUGGGAAGCAAAUUAAAUAUCCUGAAGCUCACCAUGAGAAGGAUUGGAAAGUGGCACCUGUCCCACAUGAUCUGCAGAUGCGACAUGUGGAGAUCACAGGACCAACAGACUGUAAGAUGGUAAUUAAUGCCCUGAACAGUGGGGCAGACAUGUACAUGGCUGAUUUUGAAGACUCGCUGACUCCCUCCUGGAAAAAUAUUGUUGAAGGACAAAUAAACCUCUUAAAUGCAAACAGGGGGACCAUUAAUUUCAUCAAUGCAGAUGGUAGGUUUGAAUACAUAUUUACUUACCCCCUAGAGUGACUGGCUUCCUAUUUUUUCUUAUGGUAUUAACCUUAAAUCAAAAGGUCAUGAGAAAAUUGGAAAUGAUCACCACAAUGCACUUAAAUCAUUUUUACAAUCAUUUUUGCUGCUUCAACUAACAGAUGCUUUUAUUACCAUUAUCAAACUAUUAGGAUCAGAGCGGCGUUUGAAGGACAAAACAGCCUGCUUGUUGGUUCGUACCCGUGGCUUGCACCUAGAUGAGAAACACAUCCUUUGUGAUGGAGAACCCAUGAGUGGUGCACUGGUAGAUUUUGGACUUUACUUUUUUCACAAUGUCCACAUAAGGCUUGCCAAUGGCUCUGCUCCAUACUAUUAUCUUCCUAAAAUGGAGACUCAUUUGGAAACAAGGCUUUGGAAUGAUGUGUUUAAAUCUGCUCAGGAUUACAUGAAAGUUCCUCAAGGUUAGACCUGGAAGCUAACUCUCCUAAUUGUAGACAACACUUUUCUUUGUUGAAUUGUGCGGAGAGUUUGGUUAUGAUCAGCAAGACAGAGAAAUACCAAUCAAGAAUUAAUCAGCCAAGGAGGAUCAAAGGUCUUGAAAGAUAGGGAAGAUUAUUUACAAAUUGCUACUAAUGUAAUGGGGAAAUUUUUUUCAAAGAUUUUAGUAAUGUACAAACUGCAAUGUAACUGCUGUCAUUUUUCAGUGAUAGAGUUUGUGUCACAGACAACUAACUGAAUCUGUGAUAUUCUUUCCUGUUCACCAGGAACCAUACGAGCAACUGUUAUGUUAGAGACUCUGUUAGCAGGAGUGAACAUGGAAGAAAUGCUUUAUGAGAUAAGAGAGCACUGCUGUGCCAUGAAUGCUGGAAGGUGGGACUACAUUUUUUCAGCAAUUAAAAGAUUCUCCAGAAAACCUGAUUGUGUACUACCAGAUCGUAAGCAGGUAAAACAUACAAAAAAUCAAACUUGCAUUGUAUAUAGUAGAUAUGACGGAAUAUAUGUUUUGCAAGGGUUUUUAUUUUUUAAGAAAGUAGUAGAUAAGUGUUACUUCAAUUGAUUAUGUAGACAUGCUCAGUUGGGAGUAGAUUUCAGGUCAUGAUGAUUUUAUUCUAGAUUUAUUUGCAUUCUUCCCUGUUUGAGUUACAUCUAUCAGAAUUAGUCAUUGUUUUAAACUAUGAUAUUUACAUCUUGUUAAACUUUCUGUUAGUGUUGAUGUCCUCAUGGUCAAACACCCCCACGCCCCACCCCCAAAAAAGUCAAUUACACCUGCAUCUUUCUUGCAACAAGUAUUAGAGGUUCACCAGAAUUGCAAUCUAGAUAAUUUCUUUAAGAGCAUUGCACAAAGUUCUUACAAGAGGUAAUUAGCCCUUUCAUUCAAGAUCUCAUCAUUACUUCUCCUUGCUGUCUGGGGUACAAUUCUUAUGAUGUUAGUUCAGAUAUUGGUAUUGGAUCAACUGAUAAUCCCCAAGUGAUAUUUUUCGUUAUUCUCAUCACUUGUCUGGUUAAUGUUGCAUUGAUAUUGUAAGGAGAUAUUUUGUCUUGGUCAUUCAGGAGAGUUGAAGGGUAAAUAGCUUGACAUGAUAAUGUAAGUCUAGCAAGUAGAUACACAAUUGUUUUUGAUUUGCAGAUAUCAAUGACAGUACCAUUCAUGCAAGCAUACACAGAGCGCCUUGUUCAGGUGUGUCAUCAGCGUGGAGCUCACGCCAUGGGUGGAAUGGCAGCUUUUAUUCCAAGUAGAAGAGAUGAAAAUGUCAAUAAGAUGGCAUUUGAAAAGGUCCGUCAGGAUAAGGAACGAGAAGUGGCUGAUGGAUUUGAUGGCACCUGGGUUGCACAUCCUGACCUUGUGCCUUUUGCAAAGGGGAUCUUUAUGAAGGUGGGAAUUGAUUUGAAGUUUCGUUUUAUAGCUGGAAAAUUUGAAAUCUCCUAAGUUUAAGUGAGAACUAUUUAUUUACCUGCAAGCUUUCUGUAAGAGGGAACUGGUCAUCGAGAUGGUUCAAUCACACCAGAGCAUAUUGAUUCAAAAGGUGACACUUGACCCAUUAACCUCAUUGCUUAAAGAGGACUAUCAUUAUGCACUUGAAACAUCAUCAUCCACAUCAGAACCAAAAGCAUCAUCAGACAAACAAUACAUAGGACUUAAUUAGUGAAGCUUUUUUUGAGCUAGUCGACAAGAUUAUUUCCCAGAGAUGUAUCAAGUCUUAAAAGUUGGCAAAAGAGUAGUGAUCAUCUAAAAAACUUUGAGCUCUGCUCAGGCUGUAAAAAGUGUUCACAAUAUUUUAUUUUGAAUUUCCUUUCAAAAAUAUAAUCUCCAGCAUUAAAUACUUCCAUGCCUAGGUAGUUUGUCCAUUCUUUGACACUCAACUUUAUAGCACAUUUUUUUUUUGUUUGUAGGGCUUGCAUGGUGCCUCCCAUCAAAAACAUCGCCUUCGAGAGGAAGUAAAUGUCAAGGUUGAAGAGAUCUUGUCAGUUUCUGUGCCAGGAGGAAAGAUCACUGAGGAAGGAGUGCGAGUUAAUAUCGGUGUUGCUCUUCAGUAUCUGAGCAGCUGGCUGUCGGUAAUGUUUCUUGUUUCUUUUUUUUUGGAUUCUUUGACAGUCCCAUAUCCUUUAUAUACUUCUUAUAUACAAAUUUACUGGUAUCUUUAUUGAUCUAUAAUUUUCACUUUUCGCAUUUAAAAAGAACGAUUUGAACAACUCUUGAGAUGAAUUAGCACUGACAUGAAAGAAACCGUAACCCUUUUAACCCCUUAAAGUGACUGUCAUCUAAUUUCUCCUAACAAUAUCACCCCUGAUUCAAACAUAAAGGUCACAAGAAUAUGUAUUCUAAACAGUCACCUUUUAUGUAGGACUGUUAUACUUGUUCAAAUUAAGUGUUAUCCAGAAAGUCUUGUUGUUAGUAGGGCUCAUUUCUAUCUUUCCUUUAACAGGGAAUUGGAGCUGUUGCCAUACACAAUUUGAUGGAAGAUGCAGCCACUGCAGAAAUUUCACGAGCACAACUAUGGCAAUGGUUGCGUCAUGGUGUGCGACUUGAGGAUGGACGUCCCUUCACCCCAGAGUUUUACAAAACUUUGCACAAAGAAGAGCUUGAGAAGCUUGGAGGUCCAUCCAAAAGCCGUUUGGCACAGGCAUCUCACCUUUUGGAUAAGUUGGUACUCUCUGAAGAGUUUGAAGAGUUUUUGACAUUGCCAGCAUAUGAACUUCUUGACAACCCCUCAGCCAAGCUGUAGAUUUUCAGUUAUCAAGCUUUAUCCUACAGCAUGAAUGUUAUUAAUUGCUGUAUUGGGUUUAACAUGGUGUAUAGUUGUCCAGAAAUUCACCAAUGUCGCUAACAACCAUUGUCUGUGCAACAAGUUUGCAUUUAUUUAAGAUGAACUCUUGUAAGUGAUAAUUUUGUGGUUUUUGAUGGACAAAAUGUUGUUACCAUGAGAAGUCUGUUGUUCUAGAAACUUGAGGCUGGUAAAGGUAUUGGUUUUUGACUAAAAAUUUGGAUGUAAUAAUCAAGUUCAAAGACGAUGUAGUGAUAGUUUACCAAUUAAAAAAAAGACUUUGCUUGGAAACCAUUUUCAUUUUUUAACACACUUUUCCCUUCACCCUCCCUUUCUCACUGUAAGAUGUAACACCUACAACCAUUAUGGACACCUUUCAAAGAUCUUUGGAACACAUAAGAUGCCUGUAACUCCUUAACCAAAAGAUGACAAAAUUUUGCACUGUCACAUACAGACAACUUGCUUGUAGUACAAACUCAAACUUACACAAUGCAACUAAGAGAAAAGUGUAUAAAAUAUCAUAGAAAUUUAUUACAGAAGUUUCUUAAAUAUUUGUGGCAAAUACAAAUAAGUCAGUACUGAAAUGUCAACAAUCCAUAAAUGUUAUUUACAGGAUUCAGUUUUUAUGACCUCUAUCUCAACUUUACUUUUCUUACACUCUCUCCUUACACUCAUCUCCUUAAUUAAAAUCCUAACUUUUUUACAAAUUAUUUUACAUAUAAGGACAUCAUUAUUAUCUACCCAUCUUCUAAUCUGGGGAACAUCUUAAUUGGAAAGUUACAUGAGGAUUUAUUGAGCAACAUUCAAUAUAUAAAUUGAUCAUGUAUUUGCAAAAGGAUGAGUCAUUACAGCAUUGAUGUUACUGAAUAAACCAUUGCAGUUAUUUCAAACAAAACUGUACUGGUGACCAGUAUUUUAAGGUUUCAAGAAUACCCUUCUUUGGUAUUACACUGUUU